AUGAUCUUGCUCCUCUUCCUGCUCGGUCUGGCUCUGGGUGCUCCUUCUGAGUCUCCUUCUGAUGACAAUGAAGUAAAGCUCCAACUUGGAAACUGUCCCCCAUUCUGGUGGAACUUCAACGGCCGCUGCUAUAAGUAUGUAGCUACACCAAUGAGCUGGUCUGAUGCAGAGUUCCACUGUUUGUCACAGGGAGCCAACCUGGUGUCUAUCCACAACAUGGAGGAAGAGAACUUUGUCAGAUCCCUGAUCAGGAACUUCGAUCAUGCUCAGAGAGACACUUGGAUUGGACUCAGUGAUGUUCACAGAGAGGGCAGAUGGAUGUGGUCUGAUGGCUCUGUGGCACGCUUUUUUAACUGGAAAACAGGCGAGCCAAACAAUGAUGGAGAAGAGGACUGUGUUACAAACAACUAUCAUACAGUUAAGAAGUGGAAUGACAACAAAUGCUCUUAUAGCCUUGCCUCUGUUUGUGUAAAACGCAAAGUCUGUGCUUAG